AUGACUAACUCGAAAUUUGGCCUAGUCGUCGUUGGAUGCGGCCAAAUUGCCACUCAUCACAUGGAUGCAAUUGCUUCACGUCUUGGCGAUGGUGCCAUUCAGCUGCGAGCGCUGUGUGAUCCUUCCGAAGAACGGCGCAACGUCUUGGCCAACUUGCCUUCGAGUCAAAAGCUUAGUAGCAACGAAACCGUCAAACAAUAUUCUACCUUUGACGAUCUCAUUGCCGACUCGGAUUUCUUUCAACAGACAAUUGACAUAAUUUUCAUUGCCGUUCCACACGAUCUGCACGAGAAAUUGGCACUCCAAGCGUUGGCCCAAAACAAGAUUGUGGUGCUAGAAAAACCUCUGGCACCCACAUUGGAUUCUUGCAACAAAUUGACCGAGGCCUCUUUGGCGCUACAAAAAGAUGGGCCCAAUUCCAAAGAGGGUCCCAUGCUCAUCGUGGCCGAACAAUCCCCGUAUUGGGAAUCGGUGGCGUUAGCGCGUGAAAUGAUUGCUGAUGGCAAGAUUGGGCGUCUAGUCACAGCUUCUGCUUAUUAUUAUGAGAGUAUGAGGGACAAUAUUACGAGUGGCAGUGUGGAUUCUACUGGUGGUCUUGGUUGGAGAGGCUCCAUUGCUCGCGCAGGAGGUGGCAUUGCCAUUGACGGUGGCUUGCAUUGGAUUCGGCCAUUGCGGGAACUGCUGGGACGUAUCGACGAAGUAGUAGCGGUCACGAGAUAUGGUCUGGCUCCUGAGCUGGGAAUGGAAGGAGAAAGUUUGGGCCAUGCCAUUUUCAAAAUCCAACCAGCCCUUGAAAGCAGUAGUCCACUUGCACAACCGAAUGAGUCUGGUUGUCUGACGGCUACAUAUUCUUGUAAUAUGCUCUCAACAGCUCCCAUGGCACACGACAUGUGCCCCUACUUUCGAGUGACGGGGACCAAAGGGGAAUUGAUCAUUGGAGGCGACGGUUUGGCAAAGGAGAAACCAGGUGCUGGCGGAUUGAGGCUAUACGACGACGAGAGUCCUACUGGCAGAGACAUGUUACCGACAGAUCGACUGGGCGGCUUCUUCUUGGGCUUUUCUGGACUUUGGCAAGAGAUCUAUCGGAUUUGUAUCGAGAGGGAUGUGACCAAAGCUCACGAGACGGUGGUACGAGCCGCAGACGAUGUUCGAACGGUUCUAGCCAUGUACAAGAGUGCCAAAUCUGGUAAUUGGGAGUCAACUCAAAUAUGA